CAAAAAUGGUGGGGGCGUGAUUAUUACGUGGACAAAUUCGUAGAAGGCGGAAGGUAUAAAAGGGCGAGAAAGAGAAGAGACGGAAAUAAGUUUCGCGGUGGGGGAUGUCGGAGAUCCGGUCCUUUCCUGCAUAAGCUUUCAGGGAUUUCCGGCCUCCUGUCAACUCUUCCGGGCAAAUAUCCGAGGCUGGUACCCGAGUCUGAAAGCUUCCGAUAGCAUAAAUAAUUUUCUUUCCCUUCAGGCUCAGUUGUAACAUUUCGACUUUUUGGUCGUCAAAAAGAAGGGAAAGAAGGAAGAGUUUGUGGGAAAAUCAAAAUUUUGUAAUCCUAAAUAUUUAGUGGUUUACAAUGGGUGUCAUGUCGAGGAAAGUUUUGCCCGUAUGCGGCAGCCUCUGUUUCUUUUGUCCUGCUCUGCGUGCGAGAUCUAGGCAGCCGGUGAAGAGGUACAAGAAGCUAAUAGCAGAGAUUUUUCCUCGUUCCCAGGAUGAAGAACCCAAUGAUAGAAAGAUCAGCAAAUUAUGUGAAUAUGCUUCAAAGAAUCCUAUGCGCAUCCCAAAGAUCACAAGUACUCUUGAGCAAAGGUGUUACAAGGAGUUGAGAAAUGAGCAGUUUUGGUUAGCAAAAGUCGUCAUGUGUAUUUACAGGAAAUUGUUAAUUUCUUGCAAGGAUCAAAUGCCACUCUUUGCAAGUAGUUUAUUGAGCAUCAUAAACAUUCUGCUGGAUCAAACACGGCAGGAUGAAAUCCGCAUUAUAGGAUGUCAGACACUUUUUGAUUUUGUAAAUAAUCAGACUGAUGGUACUUACAUGUUCAAUUUGGAAGGCAUGAUUCCAAAGCUUUGUAUGCUGUCUCAAGAAGUAGGGCAGGAUGAGAGGGCAGAACAAUUGCGUUCAGCUGGGUUACAAGCCCUAUCUUCAAUGGUUUGGUUCAUGGGUGAAUACUCCCAUAUAUCUGCUGAAUUUGAUAACGUUGUAUCAGUAAUAUUGGAUAAUUAUGGGGAUCCUAAGAAAAACAUUGAAGAUCUUGAAGUUGAGGGCCAUGUAUCUCCCUCUCCAGAUGACAUGAUAGGAGUUCCUUCUUGGAGUAAGAUUGUAAAUGACAAAGGCGAAUUAAUUGUGACUGUGGAAAAUGCCAAAAACCCUCAGUUCUGGUCUAGAGUUUGCUUGCAUAAUGUGACCAAGUUAGCAAAAGAGGCAACAACUGUUAGACGUGUUUUGGAAUCACUAUUUCGUUAUUUUGAUAGUGGAAAUCUCUGGUCUCCUACACAUGGGGUUGCUCUUUCUGUUUUGUCAAACAUGCAAUCAUUAAUGGAAGACUCUGGGCAGAACACGCACUUGUUGUUGUCCAUAUUAAUUAAGCAUCUUGAUCACAAGAAUGUCCUUAAACAGCCAGAUAUACAGUUAAACAUUCUUGAGGUUGCCACCUCUCUUUCUAAACACACAAAGGUUCAAGCUUCUGUAGCAAUAAUUGCUGCAGCAUCUGACCUGAUGAAGCAUUUGCGGAAAAGUAUACAUUGUUCACUUAAUGACUCAGACCUUGGAGUUGACAUAAUUAAAUGGAACCAAAAGUUUCGAGAGGUAGUUGACCAGUGUCUUGUGCAAGUAAUAAAUAAGGUCGGAGAUGCAGGACCUGUUAUUGACAUGAUAGCUGUGAUGUUGGAAAAUAUAUCAACAAUUACUGUUAUAGCAAGAACUACAAUAUCCGCCGCUUAUCGCGCUGCUCAAAUAGCAGCAUCUAUACCGAAUUUAUCAUAUAAAAACAAGGCAUUUCCUGAAGCAUUAUUCCAUCAACUUCUCUUAGCCAUGGUCCAUCCAGACCAAGAAACACGUGUAGCAGCUCAUCGCAUCUUUUCUGUUGUUCUUGUUCCAUCUUCUGUUUGCCCCCAACAAUGCUCAGCUGUUCCACACACGUUAAAGGCCAAUGAUCUCCGAAGGACACUAUCGAGAACUGUAUCUGUCUUUUCUUCUUCAGCUGCUCUUUUUGAGAAGCUAAAGAAGGAGAAAAGUUCCCAUCAAGAGAAUAUCCAUAAAGAAAUCGAUGAUGGGAAAUUAAAAACUAAUUCUAGUUCAGUAUUUAGCAGAUUGAGGUCUUCUUAUAGUAGAGCUUAUAGUGUUAAAGAUUCCCCUUUCCCUUUAACACCAGAGGAGCAACCCAUGAUCAAACCAAAAAAGGAAGUGGACCCAAUUUACCUUAGGUUGAGCACUCGACAGAUUACUCUCCUGCUUUCAUCACUCUGGGCACAGGCUCUCUCUCCUCAGAAUAUGCCUGAAAAUUUUGUGGCGAUUUCCCAUACAUACUGCCUGGUAUUGUUGUUUUCUCGAGCCAAGAACUCCAGUAAUGAAUCUCUAAUUCGAAGUUUUCAGCUUGCAUUUUCCUUGCAGAGGAUUUCUCUUAAAGAAGAGCGUCAAUUGAAGCCAUCACGCCGUCGAUCCCUUUUUACCUUAGCAACAUCUAUGAUUAUUUUUUCAGCAAAAACUUAUAAUAUCCUUCCUCUUGUUCCUUUUGCUAAGGCACCGCUUACAGAUAAAACGGUUGAUCCAUUUCUAAAAUUGAUUGAGGAUUGCAAACUACAGGCUGUUGACACUGCAUCUACUCAUCCUCCAAAACUUUAUGGAUCAAUUGAUGAUGAUAAUGCUGCUUUGAAAGCUCUUUCUACAAUAGAGGGCCAAUCUAAAGAAGCCCUGGCUUCAACAAUUGUGAACAGUUUGGGAAAGUUUUCAGAUAAAGAGGCGUCAACUAUUAGGAGGCAAUUACUAAAUGAAUUUUUUCCUGAUGAACUAUGUCCCUUGGGAGCUCAGUUGUUCAUGGAAACACCACAAAUUGCCUCCUCACUUGAGUCAAAGGAUGACAAAUCCCUUGAAGCAAAUGAUGAUGACAUAUCCACUGAAGCAAAUGAAAAUCAAAAAGAUCCAAAUUUACAGUUAGUUGAAACUUCAAAUCUUUUGAGUGUCAACCAACUGCUUGACUCGGUCGUGGAGACAUCGCAUCAAGUUGGAAGAUUUUCAGCUUCAACUACACCUGGUGUACCAUAUAAGGAAAUGGCCAGACAUUGUGAGGCCCUUCUAAUGGGAAAACAGGAAAAGAUGUCAACCUUCAUCAAUGCUCAACAGAAACAGGAAAAUUUAAUAAGUUUUGACGUAGAUGAUCACAAUGUGGAUAAAAUGGCAUCAUCUAAUCCCCCUGUUGACAUGGGUAUCCAAAUGAAUGGUAAUCCUUUUGUUGAUCAUUGUUCAAGUGCUAAUGGGAACAAACCAUCAGUUGGCAUGGGUCCAACGUUAUGUGCAACUGAGUACCAAAAUCAUCCCAACUUCUUCACGCUGCCUGCAUCAAGUCCAUAUGACAACUUUCUGAAGGCUGCUGGCUGUUGAUAUGAUUUAGUAGGCAUAACAAGAAACUAUGACAACUUCAAAUAGCCAGUUUGAGGUAAGACUUUAAAACUUUUGAUUUUCUUUGAGAACUUGCCAGCCCCAAGCAUCAUCUGUUUUCUGUAAUUUGUAUUGGUGUUAGUUACCAUUGCAGAGUAAUGGAGUCUCGUGAUUAGUGUUGGUUAAGGUGUUUAAUUGUUUCAUGUCUUAUCAAUUUUUGUUCAUUCUUUUUCCCUUUUGUAAUUUAUAACUUCAGCUUGGGGGUGGUGAGUCCCUAAUAUGUUGAUCCUUCUGAAUAGUUUCAAAAAAUGCAAAGGUGGCCAAAGUAGCCACAAUAUUUCCA